GUUUCAUUGCUCCUCUGCCAAGUCGCUUCUACGGUUCUCUACGGCGGCAGAGGGACUCCUUCGAACGCCUUCUCCCGACGAUUGCAGAAGAGAAGGACUCGAAGAAGAGGGUUCUGGAUUUGUUUGGGAGGCGAAGCGCUUCCAGAUAUCCGUUGCAAUGGCGACGACUCAGCCAGCACCGAGCCUAAUCGACUCUAGGGAGCCGCUGGAACCUUCAAUUAUUGAUGCUGAACAGAAACCUGUCAGCAUGGAGAACUUGAAUGAGCAGCCACCUUCAGCUGAAGUCGAGAAAAAUGUUUCACCUGAUUCAAGUGCCAUUGAUCAUUCGAGAGAUGCCCUGGGUCAGUUGGUUUCUCCAAAUGCAGUCGGAGACCUCAGUGCUUCAUUUCCUGCCUACAUUAUGUAUAGCCCUCAGACACAAAUGUACUAUUAUGGAGGGUAUGAGAAUCCAACAGGUGAGUUCGAAGAAUACACUCAUCACUUUAACACUGAAGGCAUGGAAGUUGGAUCAGCUGUUGCCUACAGUGAGAACCAUCCACUGGCAUACUAUACUAAACAUGGAUGCAGUCCACAUAUACCUUAUGGACCCUAUUAUCCAGUUACAAUGCCUCUUUAUUCUAAUGGUGGAGACGUUCUGUAUUAUGCCCCUCAUCAUUUCUCAUUCUCGGGCACUCAAUGCCAGCAGACAGCUCAUCCUAGCAUGCCACAUCUAUCGUCUUCAGCUCCAAUAUCACAAAUUGAUUUUACAGCACCAGUUGAUCAAGAAGGAGCUCUUCUUGCUGUUACUGCUAAUUCAAACAGCACUUGUUUUGGACCAAGACCUGGCUGUCACUUAUCAUAUGGCUCCUAUGGUAGAGGUAGUCUUGGUGGGAAUUUUGGUACUCAUGGUUUCUAUAAUUUUCAAGAAGGGUUGGAUGAUUUUGAUUCUGCUUGGUUUUGGUCAGAUUGGAGGAUUUUUCCAGAUGGAACAUUUUCUGUGUCACCUUCGCCAUCAUCAGCUGUCUCCAUCAGACUGGGACGACAAAUACCAUCUUAUGGCUUUGGAUCAUUUGUCAACUCUUACAACAGAUGGUACCACAAUAGUGGGCUUCAUCAUGAUAGUACUUUUGGAGUGUCCUAUCCCGGGGUAGGGAGUAAUGGCCGGAGCUUGAUAGCUGCCGGCAAAAUCACUAAGCAAGAAAGGGGAAAUGCUCCAUUUGGUCAUUCUAAUGGCACUCUCAAGUUUCUCAGUGAGCAAAACCGAGGGCCACGGGCCGAUGGAUCAAAGAAUCGAGCGAACCAACAGCUUUCAGUGAAUGAGAGUGAUGGUGUCAGUUGCUCUCGAGGAGUUGAUCGUAAACUGUACAAUACCCUGGACUUUGGUACAGACUACAAGGAUGCCAGGUUUUUCAUAAUCAAAUCUUACAGCGAGGACAAUGUUCACAAGAGCAUUAAAUAUGGUGUUUGGGCCAGCACAUCCAAUGGGAACAGAAAGUUAAAUUCUGCUUAUAUAGAAAUGAGGGAGCAAGAACAUUCCUACCCUAUUUUCUUAUUUUUCUCGGUGAAUGCAAGUGGACAUUUUUGUGGUGUGGCUGAGAUGAUUGGGCCUGUUGAUUUUGAAAAAAGUGUGGAUUAUUGGAACGAGGACAAGUGGACCGGUCAAUGCCCAGUCAAGUGGCAUAUUGUGAAAGAUGUUCCCAACACUAUGUUUCGGCAUAUUAUUCUUGAGAAAAAUGACAAUAAGCCUGUAACCAACAGCAGGGACACCCAGGAGGUUAAACUGGAGCAGGGUCUGGAGAUGCUAGGCAUUUUCAACAAGCAUGAGUACGAGGAAUCAAUCCUUGACGACUUUGAGUUCUACGAGGAGCGGGAAACUGCCCUUAGACAAAGGAAGGCUUGUGAGCCUCCGACCCCGACCAACUCCAUCAGCCAGAUCUCAAAUAGCUUUGCUCAGGCUGUCCGGUUUUGAAGAAGAAACAUGCAAUGUCGGAAAGCCAGGACAGUAUUUCUGACAAAAAGGAUGAAGAUGAAGAUCUAUUGUUGGAUCGUUGCAUCACCUGUUGUUGGCAGGAUGUAACUAUGGUUUUGCUGGAGCAGUUGUGCAGUGUGGCAGUCUUUUAGUAAUUUCAGGCUUUAUCGACCUUAGGCCUGUGAUUAUUUGUCU